CUGCAGGGCCGCGCACGCAGUGACGGCUGACCGCCAUCUUCCCUCCCGAGGCGGCAGUUCCAGGUGCAAGCGCCGGGUUUGCUGCCCGCUAGGCGCCCCUGCAGCGGCCGGAGCAGUGGCCGGCGUGGAUGAGGGGCAGGCAAGGCAGGGCCGCCCCUCUAGUGUUGCCGCCCCUCCCGCCCCAGGGCAGGGCUGGGAGGGUACAGCCCGGGGGCGGGCUCGGGUCGCCUCCCGGCCGCCGCGUCCUCGCUGCCCUGGGCCGGGCGGGCGGGCGCCGAGAGCCUCCCAGUCCGCCCCGUGCCCCGCCCGCCCGGCUGCUUCCGCGGCGGCGGCGUCCGCACAUGGGCUAGGCUGCCAGGAUGUUCAGCUUCGAAGGCGACUUCAAGACGCGGCCCAAGGUGUCUCUUGGCGGCGCGAGCAGGAAGGAGGAAAAGGCUUCUCUUUUACAUCGUACUCAGGAAGAAAGAAGAAAGAGAGAGGAAGAAAGGCGAAGGUUGAAAAAUGCAAUAAUUAUCCAGUCAUUUAUUCGAGGCUAUAGAGACAGAAAACAGCAAUAUUCCAUCCAAAGAAGUGCAUUUGAUCGCUGUGCCACCUUGUCACAGUCCGGGGGCGCUUUUCCCAUUGCUAAUGGCCCCAACCUUACCCUUUUGGUAAGGCAGCUUCUGUUUUUUUACAAACAAAAUGAAGACUCAAAACGUUUGAUAUGGCUGUAUCAGAACUUAAUUAAACACAGCUCUCUGUUUGUCAAGCAGUUGGAUGGAUCUGAGAGACUUACAUGCUUAUUUCAAAUAAAAAGAUUGAUGAGCCUCUGUUGCAGGUUGCUGCAAAACUGUAACGAUGACAGUUUGAAUGUUGCGCUUCCAAUGAGAAUGCUUGAAGUAUUUUCGUCUGAGGAUACUUACUUGCCUGUUUUACAAGAUGCUAGCUAUGUGGUGUCAGUGAUUGAACAGAUUUUGCACUACAUGAUUCACAAUGGGUAUUAUAGGUCUCUCUAUUUGUUGAUUAACAGCAAGCUUCCAUCAAGUAUUGAAUAUUCUGAUUUAUCUCGAGUUCCUAUAGCAAAAAUUUUGCUAGAGAAUGUUCUAAAACCAUUGCACUUUAUUUACAACUCCUGUCCGGAAGGUGCGAGGCAACAAGUUUUUACAGCCUUCACAGAGGAGUUUCUGGCAGCACCUUUCACAGAUCAGAUUUUUCAUUUCAUCAUUCCGGCGCUAGCAGAUGCACAGACCGUUUUCCCUUAUGAGCCCUUUCUGAAUGCACUGUUGUUAAUAGAGAGUAGAUGUUCAAGAAAGAGUGGUGGAGCGCCCUGGCUUUUCUAUUUCGUUUUAACUGUUGGCGAAAAUUAUUUGGGGGCCCUCUCUGAGGAAGGGCUGCUGGUGUAUUUGCGGGUGCUGCAGACCUUCCUCUCUCAGUUACCAGUCUCUCCUGCCAGCGCGAGCUGUCACGACUCAGCCAGUGACUCCGAGGAGGAGAGUGAAGAAGCCGACAAGCCCUCAAGCCCGGAGGACGGCAGACUGUCAGUAUCGUACAUAACAGAGGAAUGUCUGAAGAAGCUGGACACAAAGCAGCAGACCAACACCCUGCUCAACCUGGUGUGGAGGGACUCUGCAAGCGAGGAGGUCUUCACCACCAUGGCCUCCGUCUGCCACACGCUGAUGGUACAGCACCGCAUGAUGGUGCCCAAAGUCAGGCUUCUCUACAGUUUAGCCUUUAAUGCCAGGUUUCUGAGACAUCUUUGGUUUCUAAUAUCUUCCAUGUCAACACGGAUGAUCACAGGGUCUAUGGUACCAUUGCUUCAGGUGAUAUCCAGGGGUUCUCCUAUGUCUUUUGAAGAUUCUAGUCGAAUCAUCCCACUCUUUUACCUUUUUAGCUCCUUGUUUAGUCAUUCACUAAUUUCCAUACAUGAUAACGAAUUCUUCGGUGAUCCCAUAGAAGUUGUAGGUCAAAGACAAUCAUCAAUGAUGCCUUUUACUUUAGAAGAGCUGAUAAUGUUGUCUCGAUGCCUUCGAGAUGCAUGCCUGGGGAUCAUCAAGUUGGCUUAUCCAGAAACCAAACCAGAAGUUCGAGAAGAAUAUAUUACAGCAUUUCAGAGUAUUGGAGUUACUACUAGCUCUGAAAUGCAACAAUGCAUACAGAUGGAACAGAAACGAUGGAUUCAGUUAUUUAAGUUACCAGAUUUUACGUGUCACAUUCAAGAUAAAAAAGAUACUUCUGGCCGGGCACGGUGGCUCAAGCCUGUAAUCCCAGCACUUUGGGAGGCUGAGACGGGCGGAUCACAAGGUCAGAAGAUCGAGACCAUCCUGGCUAAUACGGUUAUCACCAAUCUAGUGAAAAUGUUGAAGUCCAGAGACACUAGGAGAAAUUUUUGUCCUCCAAACCACUGGCUGUCAGAACAAGAAGAUAUUAAAGCAGAUAAGGUCACUCAGCUCUAUGUGCCAGCAUCCAGACAUGUGUGGAGGUUCCGGCGGAUGGGAAGGAUAGGCCCGCUGCAGUCCACCCUGGACGUGGGUUUGGAGUCCCCGCCGCUGUCUGUGUCUGAGGAAAGACAGCUUGCCGUCUUGACAGAGUUGCCUUUUGUGGUUCCAUUUGAGGAACGAGUAAAGAUCUUUCAGAGGUUGAUUUAUGCAGAUAAGCAAGAAGUUCAAGGAGAUGGUCCAUUUCUGGAUGGAAUUAAUGUCACAAUAAGAAGAAAUUACAUUUAUGAAGAUGCUUAUGACAAACUUUCUCCAGAAAAUGAGCCUGAUUUGAAAAAGCGGAUCCGUGUGCACUUGCUCAAUGCCCAUGGCCUGGAUGAAGCUGGCAUUGAUGGUGGUGGUAUUUUCAGAGAGUUUUUAAAUGAACUACUGAAGUCAGGAUUUAACCCCAACCAGGGGUUCUUUAAGACUACUAAUGAAGGGCUUCUGUACCCCAACCCGGCUGCUCAGAUGCUUGUGGGAGAUUCUUUUGCCAGACAUUACUACUUCCUAGGCAGAAUGCUUGGAAAGGCUCUCUAUGAGAACAUGCUGGUGGAGCUGCCCUUUGCGGGCUUCUUCCUUUCCAAGUUGCUGGGAACCAGCGCGGAUGUGGACAUUCACCACCUUGCCUCCCUGGACCCUGAGGUGUAUAAGAAUUUGCUCUUCCUGAAGAGCUACGAGGACGAUGUGGAGGAGCUUGGGUUGAACUUCACUGUGGUGAACAACGACCUGGGAGAGGCGCAGGUAGUUGAACUAAAAUUCGGUGGGAAAGACAUUCCUGUCACCAGCGCCAACCGGAUUGCAUACAUCCACUUGGUGGCGGACUACAGGCUGAACAGGCAGAUCCGCCAGCACUGCCUGGCUUUCCGACAGGGCCUUGCCAAUGUUGUCAGCCUCGAGUGGCUCCGAAUGUUUGAUCAGCAAGAAAUUCAGGUAUUAAUUUCUGGUGCACAAGUUCCCAUAAGCCUAGAGGACCUAAAAUCCUUUACAAACUAUUCAGGAGGCUAUUCUGCAGACCAUCCUGUUAUUAAGGUCUUCUGGAGAGUUGUGGAAGGGUUCACUGAUGAAGAAAAGCGCAAACUGCUGAAGUUUGUAACAAGCUGCUCUCGACCCCCUCUCUUGGGGUUUAAGGAGUUGUAUCCCGCAUUUUGUAUUCACAAUGGAGGCUCUGACCUUGAGCGGCUGCCCACAGCCAGCACCUGCAUGAACCUGCUGAAGCUCCCUGAGUUCUAUGACGAGACGCUUCUGCGAAGUAAACUUCUCUAUGCUAUUGAAUGUGCUGCUGGCUUUGAGCUGAGCUGAAGCUGAUGCUAGGAUCCGACCCCUGCAGAGAACCAGUGCUUCCUACGUCAGCAGCGCCUCCCCAGACCCACGAGGAUACUCAGACUGCACGCCUGAGGCUCUCCCAAGCUCCUCCUUUCAUUCUGCCAUUCCUCCCUCUCUUCCUUUUUUAAAUGAUUUUUAUUACGGUGUGGUCACUUAUUUAGAGGGACAUUGCUUUUCAAAUAACUUAAAAUAACACGUUAUGUGCCAUGUGGCUACUUUAGUAACAUUGCCAAGAAGAGCACAGUUUUUAGACUAGUGGCAUCUCAGCGAAAUUAACCAAAGAUGAAGCUUUGGCUUUGCUGAUGAGAUCAGAGCCCUCCUGAGCAGGCAGCGCUGCUCCAGGGUUCAGACAAGGCUGCGCGGGCGGCAGAGAUACAGGGUCUGAGGCUGAGACGCCACGGGGCCACUGCUGCUCAUGUUGGAUUGUUUACAAGCCUCAUUAUUAAAACUGAAGGCAUUUUUUUCUGCUGCCUUUCCCAGAGUGGGUAGGUUUGGAAAAGAGGUGACAAUGGUAAUAUUUUAUUUGUGCUUUUUAAGCCAUUUCCCCAAAUGGGGACUAGCAUGCUUGUUUUCAGUAUACCAUGGCCUGCCUCAUGAUGGUUUGGAGAUACUGUCUGUGGAUGUGAGGUGGGGACUUCAUUCAUUGUCCUAUUUCUAUCUCCACUUUGUGCCUGGGGAGCUUUCAGGGGAGGUGGAAGAGGAGGGUCUGCCCAGCUCCUGCAACAUCUGUCACCCACUGUACCCAGUUACUUGGGGGGAAGACAGACCCUGGGGUGUCGUUAGAGUCGUUUGAACCAAAGUGGCAGCUGCAUCUUUGUCCCGAUGCUAGCUGUGCCGGUCUCUCCAUCAUCCGCUCGCCCUCCUUGCCCCUGGGCUGCGCCCACUUGUCUUCCUGGAUAUUUGGGGGUGACUGGCCGUGCUCAGCACCCUCGGCUUCCUGGUGCUGCUCUGACUCGAAGACGGGACAGUCCCUGGUGCAGAUCCAGGGAAGAGGAGUGUCAGUAGUUCUUGCAGUAGGCACUUUAUCAGGACCUGACUUGUUGCUGGGUGGUUUUAGUCUCUACAAACAGAAAGCAUUUCAAAGCGUCAGCUGUGGGAGCAGAGUGACCCUUUGCUGAUGCUGGGGGGAGGGGAUCUAAAUCCUCAUUUAUCUCUUCUGUCUAGUAUUUUACUGUCACUGGAGGCUCUGUGGGCUGUCAUAGUUAAUUGACCAUAAUUAGCAAUAUACUUUUACAUGUGGGGAAGCUGAAUGACACUUUUAAGACAAUGAACAUGAUCAAAACAAAAUGUAAUUUCUUAAUUUGAAUAAUAAAUUAAGCGUUUAAAUGCUAUUCGUAGUCUUGAUAUACAGAAAUAAAAUAAUUAGGGUUGGUCUUUUUUAUUUUAGGUUGUUUUAUGUUGAAUGUUCUAUAUCUUAGUAGUUAAUUUGUAUAUUUUAUUAUCAGUAUUUUGGAAAUAGCAUAUCUGAGACUGAAGAGAAAUUGACAAUUAUUUGUGGUUUUUUUCCUCAGCUAUUCUGAGCUUAUUUAUUUAUUUGUAUGUUCUGAUGGCUAAACAUUUACAUUAAAUGUUUUUUUUUCCCAAGA